UUAGGUUUUGUCUCUAAUAAUCGCCGUGGAGAUCCUGGAUCGAUCGGUGGCGGGCAGGUAUGGCAGGGGCAGCGCUUCUUCGAUCCGCGGCGAGCAAGAUAGUCCGCGCACCGCCUCGCCUUCUUGUGCAGGAGGGCCUCCAACACCAUGGUCGCCGCCUUCUAGGGCGAGAACCGUCUUAUCGCCUUUCGAGCUACUCCACCUCUGGUUCUUCUACGCCGCUACCAACCAACCACAGGGGUCCUCAAACUCAUAACAAGAAAGUUUUCAAUGAGUGGGACUGUGCAAAGGCUGCAGCAAUGGAAAUCUUACCCAAGGCAGCUUACGUCAUGGCGUUCGGUAGCUGGAUGUUUAUAUGUUUUUGGGUUAAUCCAAAACUGGACCAAAUCAAGGACAUGUUCGAAACUGAUACUAUAGAAAAGUUGGCCAUGGAGGAUGAGAUAAAACGCAAACAUCAAAGGCUAUGUGGCUUGCUUGAUUCUAAGGAAGGUCAGUUCGAAGCUAGAGAUUCAGUGGGUGGUUGCAGUUUUGUGCUCCUCGACAUGUUCCGGGCAAAGUAUAAUACCUUACGGGACUGUGUGAAGGCUGCCAACGAAAAGUUCAUCAGCAGAGCUGAGCAUGAAAGCUCUGAAGAGAAAUUUCACAAGCAGCUACAAGAAAUUAAUGAAAAGCUGUUGAUGGUCCAAGAAGAUCUCAAGGUACUCAAGGCGAUCUGGUUGAUCAGGAUUCUGGCAAAGAACUUUGACCCAGAAGUUCUUUCCAGAGUCAAACAAGAGGACCUACAUGACCCUGUUCAAAUUCUUAAAGGGAAAGUGAAUCCAACACAGGUGACCCUGACGAAGGAGGAGGAGCGGAUGACGAAGCUCAAGGUGGUGUUCACUCUACACGAUAAGAAUAGAGACGGUUUUAUUACCACUGAAGAACUAGGAGAUUUGCUGUUGUUCUUGGGUAAAAGAUACUCUGAAUCUGUCCUGAAAGAUAUCAUCACAAAAGCUGAUGUUGAUCUUAACAGAGGAGUAGACUUUACUCAGUUCUUAAAGAUCAUGGGGAACAAAACUUGUGCUGUUGGCAAACCUCGGAGAGAAGCGCCAGGAGGAAGUUGAAGGACGUGCUGCCUAUGAUGAAUAGAAGCCAAUGAUUCUGAACAGAAAAAAGUUCGAGAAGCAUGAUAACUGUAUAGAAAUUUGACGACGUGAGCUGAAGAAAACAGACUUGUCGCAACCUAUUAUCUUCUAUCAGUCGGUUCAACAUAAAUCUUCACUCAGUGCCGGAGUGGGCAUUUCCACCCA